AUGACGUUCCGAACCAAUAAAGGAAUGGCAACAGAAGCUGUAGCCGCACCUGCCGAAGUUGAACUUCCAAUGGUUGAGGAGAGUGAACCUAAGAAGGACGAUGCAACUCCUGAAGAGAAGCAACCGGACGAAGACAAGGAGAUUGUGAAAGAGGAAGAAGAUAAAGACAAGAAGAAGGAGAGGAAAUCGCGCCGUGAUUCGCGCUCUCGUUCUCGCAGUCGUUCACGAUCUAGCUCACGCUCUAGAAGCCGUAGUGCUAGCAGGUCGAGGAGCAGAAGCAGAGGACGUGAACGACGUCGCUCUCGCCGCUCAAGAUCCCGUUCUCGCACCUAUUCUCCGGUGCCAUCAAGCAGCCGUCGUGUUGUCAACGGAAGAAUACACGUGUCGGAUCUGACCGCAUCGAUUUCCAAAAGAGAUCUUGAGAAAGCCUUCGAAAAAUUCGGAAAGGUCGUUGAUAUAUGGCUCGCUUCUUAUCAUCCGUUUUAUGCGUUCAUCACCUACAAGAGGGACGAAGAUGCCGAGGAAGCCAUAAGAAAAAUGAACGACGCG